AUGAAAUCAAAGAGGCGGACAGAGCUGACAGUUGGGAAAUCAGAUGUUGGUGAUGGUAAACUCACACCAAGCUUCCAUUUUGGGCGCAACCCACAUUUCGAGAGGGGCCUACGUCUGGUCCUUCGAGGCUGUCACCUCACAUGCUCACAUGAGGAGGAUGACCAGCUGCCCGCUUAUCACGUUGAGUGCCUUAAAUACGCGCCGCCGCUCACUAAAGAGGGUCUUCGUGCCACCAAGUACACCUAUGAGCCUACCACAUCCGAGGACCCAAGGCGCGCCUCAAGGAUCCGAGAUGUGGCGGGUAGGAGAUUGCAGAUGGAGUGCCCAAUUCUACCCGCUGAAGUGUGUCUUCUCAUCACUGAGGAGCUUGUCAGAGAAUGUGCCGCAACUGCUACUCAUGAGCUUUUGCAAGGUUAUAGCCUGCAAGCACUGAAUUCUGAGCUGAAUAUCUCACUGGGUGUGUGGGCUCGUUACACCUGCAUUGAUGGAAUUCGCUAUGUCGAGUCUCUUUCCAACACGGGGGACUCUCAGAGUGUCCUGCUUCUUGGCGCUGACAAGGCAUCAGCUCCUGAGCUCCUUUACGUCUUGGAAGAUCACUUGGGUAUCAGGCAAGUGGUUUUUGCCAGCUACGAGCACUCGCUCAAGCUAUCGGCUCUCCUCUGCAGACCAAAGACAGAUGCUUGGUGGCGGACCAUCCCCAUCGCCGGCAAGAAGCUUAUCUUCGAAUCUGAUGGCCUUAAAUUACGAUCCAUUGCCUCAAAGUCAACCCGCAACUCUCCAGACUUGACAACUGUUGCGUGGCCUACGCCCAUGGCCCCAUUCCAAGAGCCCAUGUUUACCAUCUGGGCCAAGAUUCUGAUCAACAAGCCGAUCAUGGACAUGUCUCGUACCCACCUCCGGACGGUGUCGUUGGAUUUUAACGACCCGGCUAUAAUUGGAUACUCGGUCUGCUGGAUAACGGGCGUUAUGGGCAUCCACGCACAUUACGGGAUGGAGAAGUUCACCGCCUACGAUAGCUUUGAUCAGUGCUAUGAAAUCCCCACUUGGAUAUAUAUACCUGUUGGUCCUGGCGAGCGUAUCACCGGGAUCUGGACCAGGAGCGGGGGCGACUCUUUUGAUGCUGGAAUCAUGUUCCAGAUAAAUCAGAAAAGACUGGUCGUGGUCGGACAUUGCGAAGAUUACCACGGUGAGCGUCUUGACGAAGCCAACCAUUGGGGAGAGCUAUCCAGCGUGACUAAAAAGCGCUUCCGGGUGCACUACCAACUCUCGUACCGUGGAGUUGAAAAGCUCGUCGCCCAACCCCUGAGUGGCCUUGAGCAAUCUUUCUCUGGGAAGAUAUUACCGCCAUGUCCCUCCCUGAAUUACGAUCCCUGGCCGUACUGCCAUUACUCCUCUAUGAGCCUAGAAAACGUGGUGGAAAUCAUCCCCUGCAGGAGGAAGGUCAGGCCACUCACCACCCCCUACUGGGCCAUAACAGGCAUUCUCUUGCGCUACGCGAAUGGCAGUCGAGCCUGCGCGGGCGAGUUUCGGAUGGACUGCGCGGGAGAGCCUAUAAACGUUGAUGGUGCAGUGUUUGUAUAUCUAGGCUACGUUGAUAAAACUAAAAUCACCUACUGGCACCUGUCGAGGAUUGAUCUUACCCUUGUCGACGAUGACGAGUGCCAGAGUGGGUGGUGCCUGGCGAUGCAGGGGACGCUUCAAUGGUGGUUUGGUGACGAGGGCCGGUGCAAGGUAUCAUGGAUCGACAACAUGGGCCAGAUCCACUCAGCUACCUAG